AUUUUCCAGCAUGUCAGGAACGGAGCUGACGUUCCAUGAAGAAGAAGAAGGAAAAAAAAAGUGCUGGAGGAAAUAGUAAGGGGGAACAGGCACCAGAAUUCAGACGGAGCUUUAAAUUCCAGACAGGCCGCAGUUGUGAGCACUCGAGAAGGUCCCCCAUUGAAGGCAGACUCUAGUCCGUUUCUCUCUUGAGGUCCCAGCCCCAGUGGACAUUUCCUGUUCCGCCUCUGGAGAUUCAAGCCCCAAAUUACAAAACAUCCUUUCCCUGUAACCAAGUGCUUGGUUCGGAGACUAUCCCCUGCCCACGUCAACGAUCUCAGGCCUGCCCUCCCCUUCCUUCCGCGGAACCCCUCCCUGACCAGCGGAGCUUGGCUUCCCAAGGAGAGAUGAUGGAUCUGCAGUAGCAGGUGGUGCCAAAGCCAGAGGGAAACGACCCCUGGAACCACGGCUGAAGAGGAGCUGGAGCCGCAGGAGCCGCGCUCAUGGCAUUCAGUCCUUGGCAGAUCCUGUCCCCCGUGCAGUGGGCGAAAUGGACGUGGUCCGCGGUGCGCGGCGGGGGCGCCGGAGAGGACGAGGCCGGAGGGCCGGAGGGCGACCCUGAGGAGGAGGACUCGCAAGCCGAGACCAAAUCCUUGAGUUUCAGCUCGGAUUCUGAAGGUAAUUUUGAGACCCCUGAAGUUGAAACACCAAUCAGAUCACCUCUCAAAGAAACCUGUGAUUCAUCACUAGGAUUGGCAGGACCUGGGGCCAAAACCCACGAAUCACAAGAAGUCGAUGAACAACUGAUAGCAGAAGUGGUUGAAAAAUGUUCAUCUGAGACUUGUUCUAUACUCUCAGAAAAUGAGGUAUCACAGCAGGCGAUUGAUUCUUACUCAGUCAAGCAUUUCAAAGAAGAACCUGAACAUGAUAUUAGCAAAAUUUCAGUAGUGAGGCCAUUUUCAAUAGAAACCAAGAAUUCUGUGGACAUCUCAGCAGCUCUUGGAACAGAAGCAGCUUACAGCUGUGUAACUGCAUUCUCAGGUGAGGCUCUGCCCUCCAGCCCGCCGGAAGCCACCCAGGACAAGGCAAUGACAGAAGGCACCAUGGGGCUUACACUGGAGGCUUCUACAGAAGCUGACCUGAAGGCUGGGAAUUCCUGUCUGCAGCCCGUGCCUAGCAGAAGCAAGCUAAGAAAGCCCAAACCUGUCUCUCUGAGGAAGAAAACAAUUGGCGAGUUCUCAGAAACUGAAACUGCUGUGGAGGGCAUGCCUCUCCCCCAGGUAUCCUAUCCUGAUGAAAUGGAUGGGAACGUCAACCGUUUCCUAGGAGAUGCUGGGAUCCAGAAACCUGUCCCUGAUAUUAAGGAAACAUCAAGCACUCCCAGUAGUGACACCAAUGAUUCAGGGGUUGAGCUGCUGGAGGAGUCGAGCUCACCUCUGAAACUCGAAUUUGAUUUCACAGAAGAUGUGGAAAAUGUAGAGUCCAGGAAAGGCCUUCCAAGGAAACUUGGCAGGAAACUGGGUAACAAACCAACUCCCAAGGUACAAAAAGAUGGAGCCAGUAAGCCAGCAGGCGCCAAAGGUGCAGAACCGCCCCUGGACCCAGCUGCAGACGAUGCUCCUCUCUCCCAAGCAUCUUCUAAGCUGGAUCCCAAUCAGUGGGAUAACCUCAGCUUCAGUCCCUUUGGGGGCCACUCCACACUGCAGAGCUCCCCUCCCCACCCCUCCAAGGGCUGCUACCACUUUGAUGAAUCCAUGGAUCCCUUUAAACCAACUGCAACUUUAACAAGCAGUGACUUUUGUUCUCCUGCUGGUAAUCAUGUUAAUGAAAUCUUAGAAUCACCCAAGGAGGCAAAGUCGCGUUUAAUAACGACUACUGAACAAGUGAAAUUUCUCUGUUUUCUGUUGAGUGGCUGUAAGGUGAAGAAAUAUGAAACGCAGCCUCUUGCUUUGGAUGGGUGUUCUCAGGAUGAAGGAGCAGUGAUCUCCCAGAUUCCAGACAUUUCUAGUAGGGACGGCCAUGCUACGGAUGAGGAGAAACUGGCGUCUACUUCAUCUGGUCAGAAAUCAGCUGGGGCCGAGGUGAAAGGUGAGCCAGAGGAAGACCUGGAGUACUUUGAAUGUGCCAAUGUUCCUGUGUCUACCAUAAAUCAUGCGUUUUCAUCCUCAGAAGCAGGCGUAGAGAAAGAGAUGAGCCAGAAGAUGGAAGAAGAUGGAUCUGCCAUGCCUGGACUGUUGGAGUCCCCUAUGGAGAAGGCUCCCGUGUCUGUGGCCUGUGGAGCAGAGAGCCCCCUGGAUGGCAUCUGCCUCAGUGAAUCAGAUAAGACAGCUGUGCUCACCCUGAUAAGAGAAGAGAUAAUCACUAAAGAGAUUGAAGCAAAUGAAUGGAAGAAAAAAUACGAAGAAACCCGACAAGAAGUCUUGGAGAUGAGGAAAAUUGUGGCUGAAUAUGAAAAGACUAUUGCCCAAAUGAUUGAAGAUGAACAACGGACAAGUAUGACCUCUCAGAAAAGCUUCCAGCAACUGACCUUGGAGAAGGAGCAGGCCCUGGCCGACCUUAAUUCUGUGGAAAGGUCCCUUUCUGAUCUCUUCAGGAGAUAUGAGAACCUGAAAGGCGUUCUGGAAGGGUUCAAGAAGAAUGAAGAAGCCUUGAAAAAGUGUGCUCAGGAUUACUUAGCCAGAGUUAAACAAGAGGAACAGCGAUAUCAGGCCCUGAAAAUCCAUGCAGAAGAAAAACUGGACAAAGCCAAUGAAGAGAUUGCUCAGGUUCGAACAAAAGCAAAGGCUGAGAGUGCAGCUCUCCACGCAGGACUCCGGAAAGAACAGAUGAAGGUGGAGUCCCUGGAAAGGGCCCUUCAGCAGAAGAACCAAGAAAUCGAAGAACUGACAAAAAUCUGUGAUGAGCUGAUCGCAAAGCUGGGAAAGACUGACUGAGUUUCCCCUGUUAGCUCAGCAGAUCUGCAUUUGGCUGCUUCUCUCGUGACCACAAUUAUCUUGCCUUAUCCAGGAAUAAUCGCUCCUUUGCAGAGAAAAAAAAACUGUAAAAAAAAAAGCACAUGCCUACUGCUGCCUGUCCCGCUUCGCUGCCGACGCAACAGUCCUGGAAGAAGCCCUGGAGCAUCGCACAGUCACACAGGAGUGGCAUCUGACAGAUUAGAGCCUGUCACAAUAGGUUCAGGUGGACAGGCCGCUAAGUUUGGGUUUGAGAUUUCUCUAUCUUUAAUUCGUGUUAAAGUCAUUUUUACUUUUCCAAGUGCGUUAAAUUUAUGAUUUUAUCGCUACUGUUGGGAUCAUCUCCUUUUCACCUGUUGGAUUUUGUUUUUUGUGUGUGACCUAUUUAUUUCAUCUUUUAAAUUUAACUUUCAGCAUUAGUGGUUUUAUUUGAAGAGAUAUUUUUGCUUUUGUUACUUCCAGUUUAAAAACAAGAAGGGACUCUUGAGUACCCAUUUAUAUACACGUAUACACACACACUCACAUAUAUAUUUACAUGUGCUGCUGAUUUUUCUCUGAAGCAUCAUUAGAUAAGAACUUCUCUACAGAAGAGCAUUUUUCCAUAAAUGUAAAACCCUAUUUUGCAAUAGAGUCCUGGCUUGGAAUGCCAACUUCAGAAUUUGGGGCAAUUGAAGAUGUGAAGACCCCAGACUCAUGUCUGUCAUGACUCAUAACCCCAGGCUCAGGUUUCCCAUCUAGGGAAAGCUUUCACCAUGUUUUGUUGCCCUGGUAUGCCUCCUCAGCCUUGAUGAGUGUGAAUGUGGCCCCUUGGGCUUAAUCUUUAAGCGGAACGUGUCUGCUUUCUGCAUCAACAGCAGAGUGGGGCUCCCUGAGAGCUGGGGUUUGGCAAGGCCAUUCUAGAGCCAUUUCGUCUCCUCUGCUUCCAUUUGUUGCCACAGGAUCAAUAUUUACUUUUUAUUAUCUUUAUUUGAAAUAUGCCAAGAAAAUCUACUUGUAAAAGGUUUAGAUGAUCGUAUAUAAUUAAAAGGUACCUGUAACCCCAUUACCAAUUAUAAGGGGAAGAAACAGAUGGUUUUUCACCAGUGUGAUGCCUUGUUCUUCAGAUUUUUUUCUUUAAGGCAAAAAGAAGUCCUUUCAAACUUGAGAUAGAAUUUUUAAUAAAAUGGGCAGUAGAAAUUCAUGUGAACCACUCCAAAAAUCAGCGUGUUUUGAAUAUUUUUAAACAAAGGCCAUUUGAAUACUGGGGAAGGAUGUGCAGGGAGCAGAUCCGCACUCACAAAACCAAAUUCCUCAAGCUCUUCCUGGACUUGGUUCAGAGUGGUGGGGCCAUUAUCCCUAAAAUGGGAAAUUUCCAUGUAAUGCCAGUGAAUUCCCUCGCAUUUUAUAGGCAAAACCAAAUCCAUGUAAGUGUUUUAAAGCACUCUUUUGUCUUAAUUGUAACACCCUGAAAGUCAUGGUUAUAUGCACUAUAUUCAGUACACGUAAGUUUUCGUACUUUUCUUGUAAAACUAUUGCAUGAUCCACCCUCACCAAUGACUUGUGCCUAGUGGAGAACCUGUAUAGAUCUUGCAACCUGAAUUUUUCUUUAGAAGUGUACUAUUCACAUGGGUGCAAUCUUUAGCCCCAGGGAGGUCAGUAAUGUCUUUUAAAGCCAGAAGUCUUGUUUUACCAAUAUGCAUUUGUUAUAAUCGGUGCUUAGGCUGUAUUUUAAAGCCCGUUGUCUUAACCAUUUUUUACAAAAAAGAACAAGAGAAACGAUCUGUGGUUGGAGAACUGACUUGACAAUCAUUUGGGCUUUGAAAAUAGUCACUGGAUUAGCAUGAGCGCUGCACUAUGGUUGCAGCAGCAGUGGAGUCCAGGUGUCUCCAGUCAGUGUAACCGAUUUCCGCAUUCAGUCUUCUCCUACUAGGGAAAUUAACUUUGAGUUUUGCAGAAAGAAACGUUGCUAAACCUUUUUGCUGUUGUGUUUUGGUGACAUACCCAUGUUAACUUGUUUUAUAUUGAUCUGUUUUAAGCAUAGAAGGCUUAUAGUGGCCUCCGUUAUAAAUCCAUAGCCCUCUUUUUAGGCUUUUUGUGUAUUAAAAAAAGGAGCUAUGUGUUGAAAACAGAGGUGACGACAAUCCUUCCCUAGCACACUGGUCAAAGAGACCCCCUUGAAGAUCAGACCCUAGAAUGAAGUUGCUGUGCGAGGACUACGAAAGGGCCCUUGUGAAGUAACAUUUGCCGCUGGCCUCUCAGCCAUGACCUUGACAAGGAAAUGUCCUUCCUUCUAAUUUAAUAGGUGGAUAUUCUCCAACAAGAAUAAAAAUGUAGUUUGUGCAGCUGGCAAAUUAAGAUAAUAGACUGGGCAGAGUGAAGUAUGUUUAUUUUUCUUUAAAAAUAAGCAAAAAAAAAACAAAAACCCAAAUUUUGAGAACUCUGGAGAGUAAGAAUACAGCCUGGAGUUUUGGCCCCUUACUUGUUAGUUAGGCAAUAAUAAACCCUGUUACAAGAGCGAAAAGAAAUGAAGCUGCCGGUUCAGACCAUGGUUUGAGAGUAUUAGGUGAUCUUGUUGAGACGCUGGAUCCAGAGCCAUUUCUUUAGUUCUUGACUUUGCCAAAGUAUAGAUAGAUAAUCUUUAUCUAAAAGUAUUUUAAGUGGAGACUGAACAAUUUGUGACUUAGUUGGCUGGUCGCUUAUAGUCAGACCUCCUGAGAUUUUACUCUAUUAGGAGAAGCUCCUGAACGCUGGUGACCUGCCCAAACCUUUUGUUCUGUAAAAUUGUUCUGGAGAUACUGAGAAGCCCAGUUUUCUCACGUGGUUUAUAGCUACUUCAGACCCAGCCCAAAUUAGGAAGUGCAGAAGCACACGAUGGUGCAAAACUCAGGAUCUGGCAGCCUUCCAGAAUGCUAUGGAAUCUAAGGGCAGGUUUAUGUUUGGUUUUGGGGGAUCGCUCAAGUUGACUCUUCUUUCUAGCCAGUUACCUGUCCCACACUUUGUGCAACUCUCACACAAAUACUUGGAUCUUUAUUAGACAGCCCUGAGUUGCACUAUUUGUAAACAGGGAGAGUAAACUGCCCCAGAUGUUGCGGGGCUAUCUAAAAGUGGCCAGAGUGAAGCACUCACUGUAAAUAGGUAACUGAAGCCCAAAAUGGAAUUUUUAAAGAGCAAGCAUUGGAAAUCUUGAGUGCACUUGCUGGAACUGAUUCAGCACAUCCUUUUCUAGUGGUGUAAAAGCUCUAAAGCUCCCUUUUGAGUUCCUUUUGGUUUUUCACUACAAUUAAUGGCCAUCUCAUGACCUGUACGCGACUGUUGUCUCUUUGUUGUAGUUUUGUGACCAUGUGCACUUGCUCUUGGACUUGGGUUUCUUUAUCCUCUUGUUGGGAAGAGAGGAACUAGGUGUUGAAAGAUUAAAUGAUUCAGGCAAAGGAUUUUAAAGUAAAAAUGUAUAUACUCUGAUGAAUUUAAGAGAUGGCAGAUUAUUAUUUGCUUAUUAAAGAACAAACAUAGUCUGGGAAUCCCAGAAUGUCAAGCCAAAGGUCUAAGAAGUGAUCUUCAAAGAUUUUAAUCAAGAAGUAUUUUGAGGAGACUUCUGUCCAAAAGGGUUUGACUGGCCUCCAGAUUCCAGUGAGUUUUAAAAAGCAAUUUAUUACUCAAACCUUGAGUCUCCCAUAUAGUAAAGGUAAAAAAAAAAAUUGGACACUUCUCUAAAGAUCGCCUCUGGAAGAUAAUAUAAACGACAAUAUUUCGGGGAAGACUCACUGCAUAGUGCCCAGAGCUAGCAUUCUGGAGACUAAAGAUUGCACUUUUCGUAGUUCUUCAUCCAAAUGCAAUCCCAUUUCUGUGCCUCUUAGCAUGCAGUUAGAUUUGGACAAACAAGAUUCCUAAGGAAUGACUUUAUUAACUAUAAUAUGGUUACAGCUAUUACAUAUAUAUAUAUACACACACACACAUAUAUAUGUAUAUGUAUAUAUAUGUAUAUGUAUAUAUAUACAUAUAUAUAUAUAUAUAUUCUGGUUAUAGUUCUAAUAUGGAGAUGUUGCGUGCGAUGCUGGCAUUCUUAAUUCACUUGGAGGAGGCCAGGCAUGGAGCUGAGGUGUGGCUUGAACCCUCCCUGUAAUGAUUCUUCACUUUAGAACUGUAAAGAUGCCACUUUCUCCCCCUCUGCCUUUUCGUGGUAUCUGAAAUGUACUCCAAAAACAAUUUCCUAGUCACAGUGUUAACCUAUAUUCUAUAUUUAUGAAUAAUUUCCAAGUGGACAUAUAAGACUUUGAACCUGGACUCCACCCCCAGUCCAGAUCCAGGGCGGUCUGUUGGUUGCCACACCCACAGCCUCAGCCUUGGUCCUUCUUACCCAGUGGGACAGGAUCCAGGCAUUUUUUAAAAAUCUCAGAGGUAGCAGUAAACUUUUCAGUGUCGUUGUUAGCAAGUUGUGUGUUUGCCAGUAGAUACCCCUUUGUACUAGUGUGCCAACAAGUAAAUGUUAAUUGCACAUCUGCUUCCACUGUGUCUCCGCGGGUGCCAUGAAGUGUGUGAGGAGCCUCUUGUCUGAGGGAUGAACGCUGCAUUGACUACUGCUAUCAGGAUUGUGUUGUGUGGAAUAAUCAUCUACAUAAAUUUUAUAUGCACAGUAAUUUCCCUUUUAUAUGUCAGGUAAAUAUUUGUAAAAGUUAUACUCACACAAAUGAAAUUAUUAUAAUGAUUACUAAUAUAUUUUUCCCAUGUUUCAUUGCCUGAUUAAAAAACUGUUUACCACUGUUA